GCUUAAUUUUGUUCAAGUUUAGCGCAUUUAGAUCUACUGUUCGUUCAAUUUUCCUGGAAAUCGUGAAUUAAUGGCAUGAUCUUUCGGGUUUAACUUGUAAAUUAAUUUAAUAUUUCAAGUGUUUUUUGUUGAAAUUUGGCCAAAGUUAGCAAAUUCUCCGUUUUAGUGUCUCUGUCAUAAUAAUUUUCUUUCCCCAAACUCCAAACCUGAGCUCCCGCAUUCUCCUCCUCUUAAAACCCUAAAAACAAAAGCAGCGUCUUGAAGUUGUAAUUGUAUUUAUAGUCGGUGGCGCCUCUGCCAAUCACCCUCUCUUUCUCUGGUGCUGCUGUUCUCGGAAUUUUUAUUGCCAAUACUAGACUACAAUGGCCACUUUUUUGCCUGCAACCACAGACUCCCUUGCACAGGCUCUGGAAGCGAAUAGCACUGCAGACUCUAUUUUAAUUCUGCAGAGAUUGCUUGCAGAUCCUUCUUCCUCGCCUGAUGCUUUGCGCAUAAAGGAACAGGCAAUCACAAAGCUCACUGAUUGUCUCAGGCAGGAAAAUAAGGCUGAAGAUCUUCGGAUUCUUCUGACCCAGUUGAGGUCUUACUUUUCCCUGAUUCCCAAAGCUAAAACCGCAAAGAUAGUGCGUGGAAUUAUUGAUACAGUGGCUAAAAUACCUAAUUCAACUGAACUCCAGAUCUCCCUUUGCAAAGAUAUGGUGCAGUGGACCCGUGAUGAGAAGAGAACUUUCCUUCGCCAACGGGUUGAGGCCAGACUUGCUGCUUUGUUGAUGGAGACCAAGGAGUACCCUGAAGCAUUGUCACUCCUUUCGGGUCUGAUAAAGGAGGUCAGAAGACUAGAUGACAAACUUCUCUUAGUGGACAUUGAGUUACUGGAGAGCAAGCUUCAUUUCUCUUUGAGAAACCUCCCCAAAGCCAAGGCUGCCCUUACUGCAGCUAGAACAGCUGCCAAUGCCAUAUACGUGCCUCCAGCUCAGCAGGGGACAAUUGACCUUCAGAGUGGAAUACUCCAUGCUGAGGAGAAAGACUAUAAAACUGGCUACAGCUAUUUCUAUGAAGCUUUUGAGGCCUUUAAUGCUCUUGAUGAUCCCAGGGCGGUAUACAGUCUGAAAUACAUGCUGUUGUGCAAAGUCAUGGUGAAUCAAGCUGAUGAUGUUGCUGGAAUAAUAUCUUCCAAAGCAGGCUUGAAGUACUUGGGCCCAGAACUUGAUGCAAUGAAAGCUAUUGCUGAUGCUUAUUCAAAGCGUUCUCUGAAACUCUUUGAGGCUUCAUUGGUGAACUUUAAGGCUCAACUGCAAGAAGAUCCUAUUAUUCACAGGCAUCUAUCAUCUCUAUACGACACUCUAUUGGAGCAGAAUCUUUGCAGACUGAUUGAGCCAUUUUCAAGAGUUGAGAUUUCCCACAUUGCAGAGUUGAUCGAACUCCCCGUUGAUCAUGUGGAGAGAAAAUUAUCUCAGAUGAUUUUGGAUAAAAAAUUUGCAGGGACUCUUGAUCAGGGUGCAGGAUGUCUCAUUAUCUUUGAUGAUCCCAAGACUGAAGCUAUCUAUGAAGCUACACUAGAUACCAUUUCCAAUGUUGCCAAGGUUGUGGACAGCCUUUUUGUCAGAUCUGCUAAGAUUAUGGCUUAAGAUUACAAGCAUUAGGGUCUUGAUAUGUGCCUGUUUUGUUCACACUUAAGGGUACAAGCAUUUGGAUCUGCCAAGGUUGUAAGAAAGCUAUUCGGAUGAAUAGGUCUGUCCAUUAACCUUGGAAAAUGAAAAGUUGUAGAAACUGAUACUGAUUUCUGUCUUUGCAAUAUUGGAUUUGUGUCAGAUCUAGCUUGGAGUAGAUUUUUACCAGUAGAUGUCUACUUUUGUCAACAGCAUUUGAAGUAUUGCUUUUGUGUUAUAGCAGGGGCUCUAAAUAUUUAGAGGUGAAGCUGCUUGACGUUUGUUUUCUACUUGUGACAUUGGCAUAUCACAGAUAUGAUUUCAGUUGUUUGGCAGGAUA